AUGGGCCUCGGGUACAACUUCUUAGUGAGAGUUGAGUGGAUUGCAGCCAUGACAUUUGCUGCUGGGACAGCUGCUCUCGGUUACCUGGCUUACAAAAAGUUCUAUGGUAAAGAUAAUCGUACCAAAGCUAUGGUGAACCUCCAGAUCCAGAAAGACAACCCCAAGGUCGUGCACACCUUCGACAUGGAGGACCUGGGAGAUAAGGCCGUGUACUGCCGCUGCUGGAGGUCCAAAAAGUUUCCAUUCUGUGAUGGGGCUCACAAAAAACAUAACGAAGAGACUGGAGACAACGUGGGACCUCUGAUCAUCAAGAAAAAAUAAACUUAAUGGACAUUUUCAGUGCUGCACCCCAGAGUGUUGUGAUGUCACCUGAUCGUUUCAUUAGAAUUA